UGACGGAGCUUUAUUAUUGUUUACUCAUUCGAAGCAAAAUUCCAGCGACAUAGUUCUCUUUAUUCCAUUAAAAUUUAAUAUUUUUUCGGAGAUUCAGGCGGAUUUCAACAGAAUGGACUCAACUGUAGUGUCCGCAUCUACUUCGCAACCAGGGCCAUCUGCGGCAGGGAAAAGUUUUGCUGAAAAACACGCCGAACGAAUGGAACGGCUGAAAAAACUUCACAUGCAGCGCAAUGAAGCCCGGAACUCCAACCACCAGGAAGUUGUUGCAGAAGAUGAGCGUAAAAAACUCCCAACCAACUGGGAGGCACGGAAACGGCAAGCAGAUUGGCUCAUCGACGACAGCAAAGCGAAGGCCGAAGCAGAAGCCCAAGGUAUGGACUACAAUAGAGUCAAAAUGAUGAAGGUUUCGGCAGCGGAGGCGGAACGGUUCGAUAAGCUGAGAGCGAAGAAACGGAAUGCGGAUCCGGGAUUUUCUGAUUAUGAAGCACAAACGGCUCGACAGUAUAACCGGCUCGUGAAGAACAUGGAACCGAGGGAUUUGGUCAAGUAUGAAGAACAGAAGCAAACGUACGGCGAUGCGUUUUACGGGGGACCCAAUGUGGUGCUGCAAGGGCUGCACAAAGACACUCCGGUGGCGAUCGAUAAGAUGGUGAAAGACUUGGAGCAGCAGAUCGAUAAGCGAAAGAAGUUCUCCCGGCGGAGAACACACAACGACGAUGCGGACAUUGACUAUAUCAACGAGAAGAACGCUCGGUUCAACAAAAAGCUGGAACGGUUCUAUGGAGAGCACACAGCCGAAAUCAAGCAGAAUUUGGAACGAGGAACUGCCAUAUAAAAGAUUGGCUUGGUUUACCCUAUUUGUAUUGUGCUUACAUUUUAAUUAGCUUUAAUAAUAACAUGCUAAUUUUAACUAUUGCAGUAAAUAAUAUUAAAUUAUGCAAUAAUUUUAAUAUUUUAUUGGUUUAAUAAAUCUUGGAUUUGUGAAUAA